AUGCGCGUUGCAUUGUGGGAAUAUAAAUACAGCGCAGGACAGCGGGGAGCACAAAGGAAUGAAAACAGCACCUCAAAAAACUUUUAACUUCAGCCUAGUGUGAUGUAAAUUAAUGUGAGCUUUUAUUCAACUGUGAGUUUUGGCGGCUGGCAGGCUGACAACUGCCUGAGAAGCGCAGGGAAUGUGAGUAAUUGGAGGGAAGCGGCAGGGCGCACCGCUGUCUCCGACUAUCGCUGCUUUUUGUCAGCUGAGCUGUUUGCAUCCCGAGGCCCAGCCGAUAUAACGGGCCUCAUCAGAGAAGGACCCAUUUCCUGUACCCAGUCAUAAACUGACCAUCAUGGGGGUCAAAACCUUCACCCACAACUCAACCUCCCACAGCCAGGAGAUGCUGGAGAAGCUUAACGCUUUACGCAAUGAGGGUCACUUAUGUGAUGUCACCAUUCGGGUCCAAGACAAGCUCUUCCUGGCCCACAAAGUGGUCCUGGCCUGCUGCAGUGAAUUCUUCCGUUCCAAACUGGUGGGCCGGCUAGAGGAGGAGGACAAGUUUGUGUUGGACCUUCAUCAUGUGACCGUUAGUGGCUUCGCUCCUCUGUUGGAAUAUGCCUACACGUCUACCCUUUCUAUUAGCACAGAAAAUAUAAUAGAUGUGCUAGCAGCUGCAAGUUACAUGCAGAUGUUUGCUGUUGCUAGCACAUGUUCGGAGUUUAUGAAGUCUAGUAUUCUGUGGAGCCCGAGUAACAACAGCAACACUAACAGCAUUACAGCAGAUAAACCACAUGAAUCAGCACCAGAGAGCGCCUCAUCAAACUGUGCCCUGACGCCGUUGGAUGGCAGCGUGUCACCUGUUUCGUCUGACUGCAGCGUGAUGGAGAGAAACGUUCCUAUAUGCCGUGAAUCACGACGGAAACGCAAAAGCUUUGUAACAAUGGCAUCGCCAGAGAGUCCGCUCAAAUGCACUACACAGAUGGUCGCCACCUCACCGCAGAUCCCCAACCCGUCCCCUUCAUUCUCAGACAGCACAGCCCAGCCUGUGGAGUCCUCCCUGGCCUUCCCAUGGACUUUCCCGUUCGGUAUUGACCGGAGGUUCCACUCAGACAAAUCAAAGCUCCCAGAGAGCCCUCGUUGCUUAGAGCAGGGCACCCCAGGGACCUCCGAGGUGAUAGUCGGCCGACGGCUCAGUGACUUCCUAACGUGUGAAAGCUCCAAGGCGGCGUCGUCGCCAGUGCCGGCAGAGGAGGAAGAUGUGAGGGUGAAGGUGGAGCGUCUCAGUGAUGAGGAGGUCCAAGAGGCAUCCUCGCAGCCCGUCAGUGCCUCCCAGAGCUCGCUGAGUGACCAGCAGACGGUUCCAGGGAGUGAGCAGGUCCAAGAGGAGCUCCUCAUCAGUCCACAGUCCUCCUCUAUAGGGUCGAUGGAUGAGGGAGUGUCUGAAGGCUUGCCGUCAAUGCAGAGCACCUCUAACACUGGAGGACACGCAGAAGAUGAUGAAAGGUUAGAAGGUAUUCAGUACCCAUAUCACCUCUAUAUCAGCCCCUCAGCCAGGCCUGGCACCAAUGGCCCCGACAGGCCCUUCCAAUGUCCAACCUGCGGAGUCAGAUUCACACGCAUUCAAAACCUGAAGCAGCAUAUGCUCAUACACUCCGGCAUUAAGCCUUUCCAGUGUGACCGCUGUGGGAAAAAGUUCACACGGGCCUACUCCCUAAAGAUGCAUCGGCUGAAGCACGAAGGUAAACGCUGUUUCCGGUGCCAGAUUUGUAGCGCCACAUUCACGUCCUUCGGUGAAUAUAAGCACCACAUGAGGGUCUCCCGACACAUAAUCCGCAAGCCGCGGAUUUAUGAGUGCAAAACGUGCGGGGCCAUGUUCACCAACUCUGGCAAUUUAAUUGUACACCUGAGGAGUCUGAACCAUGAGGCAUCCGAACUAGCAAACUACUUCCAGAGCAGUGAUUUCCUCGUGCCCGACUACCUGAGCCAGGUACAGGAAGAGGAGGAGGCGCUGGGAGUCCAGUAUGAGCUAGAGGAGUCCGAACAUCACCCCGUCUACCCGGGCAGCACCUCCACCACCACUGCAGCAUCGUCCUCCUCCUCAGUCCAGAUGCCCGUCAUCUCCCAGGUCUCCUCCUCUACCCAGAAUUGCGAGAAUUCCUCCGGCUUCCUUUCACCCGAACCCCUGGACCCCCUGGAAGCCCCAGCCUCCCUCAAGAUGGACGCCGAUGAGACGGCCGCCAUGACGGAGGACACCAAGUUGGACAACAGUGUAGACGGCAGUUCCCCAGAGGUGUUUGAAGAAGAGCAGCAGCAGCAGCAUGCCCAGGGCAAGGAGCUGGCUUCCAUUACCAUAGAGUGAUUCAAGCCUUCUGCUUUCCCACCAUGUCUUAUUUUGCAGUCAUGUCAUAUGGGAAUAUCUGUUGAAAUGCCUUUGCCGCUAAAAGGGAUAACUUGGACAUGUGCACAUGUUGAAACCUCAUCAUGUGAAGCGAUCAAGACGCCAUUAUUGAGGUUUUCUUAAGACGUCCACAAGCAACACAGAUGCACUUAUUUGAGUUCACGUUUUACGACAAGCCAAAUCAAGCAAAGUAAGUUAUCAUUUUCUUUGUUUAAAUGAUUUUCCCCAAACUUGACUGAAGCAAUUUUCUUGUUGGUGACAUGAGAUUUCAUAAAAUCUGAGUUAAGUCUAUCUCCAAACCUGAGUUUCAAAGUAGUAGUAUUUAGCGAUGCACCGGUCCCAUUAUGUGAUUGGGCCGACACUGACUCAAAUAGCCUAAUCAGGUAUCGUGACAAUGGGGCCGAUCUAUUCAAAUGAAAUAUACAUUAUAUACUGGAAUUUGUAUUCCUGUUUAAGUUUUAAAUAAUUUAUUGCUGCAUAUAAAAAGGUUUACACUUAUAUUGUAAGUCCUGUUAAUUUUGAAGUUUUUCUUACCAAGUUGCUGGUGCACAAUUUAUUAUUUUAAUAAUAUAAUUAUUAUAAUUAUAAAUAAUAUAUAAUUUAUUUUAAUAAUACGUCACAAUUCAGUAAUUGUAUAUCAAUGUAUUUAUGUAUUAGAUUUUGAUAUACAAAGUUAGGAAAGAAAUGUUAAAGUUGAGUCUGAUAUUGCCUUACAUGUAAAACAGGGGUCUCAAACUCAAUUUACUUGGGGGCCGCUGCAAGUAGAGUCUGGGUUUGGCUGGGCCGCAUCAAGUAUUAAAAAAAAAACCUCUAUUUCCUCAAAAAAAAAGGCGCGGAACUGCCGGUGCUUUAAACCCCUAGAUCUGAUAUGGUUGGUGCAUUUCACAACAACAGACAUCACAUUGUCAAACCUCAGGCAUUUGCCGCAAAGGGUACUUAGCUAGCUUUACAACCGUUACGCUGCUGUCAGGAGACUACUACGGUAGCCCAUAAGUGACAUGCACAAUGACAAAAAGUUUCAGUUUCAGUUUUCACGCGCGGGCCGCACUAACACUUUACUUUGAUGUCAAGUAGGGGGCCACAAAAUAUCAUCCCGCGGGCCGCAAUUGGCCCCCGGGCCGCGAGUUUGAGACCCAUGAUGUAAAAGAAUGAUCCCAGUCUCUUCCACACACGGAGGCAUACAGCUUAUUAAUUUAACAAUGGUGUCGGAAUCAGGACUGAAAAGUUGGACCGGUGCAUCCCUAGUAUUUUUCAAAUGAAGCAAGUGAACAGGAAUUUUUUUUUUUUUUUUUGAGUCGUUUUUAGGAAGGUUUCUUUUUCCCAUAUGACGUGAGUGCAGCUCCAGCUAUAGUCAUUUCUAUCUAGGCAGUUUGAGGUCUGUUAAAUCCAAGCCUUGCCCUACUUUUGGAAAGUGCCUGAGAGUUCCCAUUUGAGCAAAGCAACGCGUAAAGGAAAAAGAGGUCUUGACUUUGCCAACAGUGACAAAUCAAGUCUUUGCAAACUGAGCUAAAAAAAAACCCAUUGUAUUUCAUUUAUAGUGAUAAUGCUAGUUUGUAUGGGCAGAGACUGUGUUAUUCCUUCAGUGCCGUUGCUAUAGGCAAACUGUUUAAUGUCAAUAUUAUCUAUAUUGCAAUAGCUUGUACUGUAGUUUUACUAUUUGAAUGCUGUGUAUGUUGAGUGUUGUGAAAUAUGAUAUGUCAGGUGUGUGUGUAUGUGCAUUUCUUUUUUUUAUCUAUAUAAACAAAGUACAUUUCAUUUUUAAAUGUUUUAAAACUUGAAAUUAUAUUGACUGAGUAUUCCCUCAAGACAUUUGUGCAGUGUGUGUGUAUAUAUUUUUUUUUCUGACACAUUACACUUUUUUUUUUUUUUAACACUGUUGUAAAAUCUAAUCUUGCAUCUCCAAAAAACUAAAUGCUAAUAGUUUAGUAAGACUUGGAUCAGCACUGAUGCAUCUUUUGUUUCAAAAUAAACCAAAUAAAUCACUGAAUAAGACAAAACUUCAUGUAAAACACACAUUUUUUUAAUUUGGAGUUACAAGAUUUUCUCACAACUGCCGUGUUCCAUUCCCAAUUGGACUCCUACAAUAUGAUAAUGUAGCAUUUCAUCUGAGUUGAAAUUAGGCCUGCUUGUGAAAUUGCAUUUUUGUUUCAAAAUAUUUUUGUGCUCAGAAUAUUGAUAUCUCACAUGUCUUUUAAUUUUUGGUUAUCCUGAUUUACAAACAGGUACACUGCUAAUAUUCAAGGAUAUUGCAUGACUGUUGAAGUGAUGUUUCACUUAGGUACGACACGAUUGUCUUUUCUUUUUUUAAGUUAUAUCCUUGUUUGACUUUGUGAGGGAUAAACCAAGAAUAUUAUGUUGUGUGUGUUUGGAUUUUUUUCCUUUACCUAAGUUAUCACAAAGGGAAAAACUACAUUGUGAAAAAUUCCCUGACUAAAAUUUAAAAAAAAUCCCUACGUCUGCAGCCGGGGAAGCAGGAAGUGAUGAUGCAAACAGAUUAUGAUUGCUAUCUGUGAUGGCCCAUUUACAGUCAGAACAGAUUACCAGGUUAUUUGGUGGCAUGUGAUCGUAUUGCUUUAAAAGCAAUAAGAGCAUAAUAGCUAAUAGGUGAAUGUGAAUACUGUGAGUUAAAUCAUUGUAAAUGAUAAAUAUAUUGCAAGAGCUUGUCCUUAAACUGCACAGUUUGGCAGUAGACGUUACUAAUUUCAUUAACUUUAAUGCUGUUGUUGGGUCAAACUUCCAAUUCUUGGUAUCUGUAUUGUGCCAACAUGGUUGUAAUUGUCUACUUGUGCCUGUAUUUUGAGAAGAUAAUGAUGCCCAUGGUAAUAAUCCAUGAGUUGAAUGCUACUGACUGUGUACGUUGUUUAUUGUUUAUUUUCUGUCGCCCCCUGAAAGUAAUGCAAACAGCCGACAUUAAGGAUUAUCACAGCAGGAUGUUAGACCUCAUAUAUACAGGGUUGAUUGUAAAUGUAAAGAUGAAUAUUGCUGUGAUGAGGACAUCAGUAUUACCCUGUCCUUAUCAUUGAAAUUCACUGAGAGCUGUCUUAAUAAGAGCAUGCGUCUCCCUGCGCCAUCCGAUCAGUCACUUUUUCAAAGUUGUGCCAUUUGCCCUUUUUAUCUGGGUACAAAUCGUGCUUUUUCCUACAGGACCAAAUGUUCUCUAUCUCAUUGGGGAUUUGCCAUGGCAAUCAGUAAAUGCACAUAAUAAAAGAGAGAUAAUCAUUCGAAAUGGUCCAUGCUAUUUAGCAAAAGGGUCCUGCUGUUUUGCCCUUUACACUGUAUGAUGUUGUGCAUUUGAGAGGCUAGCCUUAGUAAAUGGACCUAUUAACUCUAGUUGCACAAUAUCAACAUUAGAAAAAUCUUUUCUAUUCUCCAUUUGUAUGUCAUGCUUUUCAUCUGUUGUGUUUGGUGUGUAUUCAAACAACUUUUAUAAUGAAAUGCUGCUGUUUGUUGAAACGCAAAAGUGCCCAAAAUAUUUUUGUGAACCAAUAGUGUGCAAUAAAUAGACAGGUGUGGUUUUAAAAGAUUUCAUUUUGUCUUUGGAAUGGUGAAUUAUAUAUAUAUAUAUAUAUAAAUAAAAAAGAAUGUAUAAUUUAGUUUAAUUAAAAUGUGACUGAAGGUGAAUCAAAUGGGCAAGGACCCCAUUUGAUCUGUGAAACAAGGAACAAAGCUUUGAUAGCAAACAAAUGGUUCUAUUCAGCUCCUUUCUGUUUGUUUCUAAUGUUGCAUGUUCAUAUCGUUCUGUGAAGUGGAGAGCAUGUCUUCAGUUGGCGAUGCAUUCUGUCAAGGCCUUAUUUGUCGAUGACUUUUCAUCCAGCUUUGAUCUGUUGUUCCGCAUGCCCUCUUGUUUUCUGUACGUUAUCCCUUUUAAGUGCAAUGUUUUAAAAUAUGAUUAUAUACAGGACAUGCCUUCUCAAUGUACACUUGAUGUUGUAUAUGUUUUCCAGUCCUUAUGGUUUAUUUAAAAGUAUGAAAAUAUAAGAAAAAAAACAUGGUAGCUCUUCAUAAUGACAUAUAUUUUUGGUGACUUUUGUAUUAUGGUUGCUGUUUCAUGGCAUCUUUGGAUAUUCUUGUUAAAUGUGAAUAGAACAGCUUAGUUUGGUAGUAUGGGGGGGGCCUUGGUAGUCUUCAGUUUGACUGUCUGCAGCGUGUGUAUAUAUAAAUAUAUAGUAUAUACACUCAUACUAUGUUGCAUAUUCUUUAUACUGUAGGCUUCUUGAUUACAACCUGCUUUGAGACAGAUGUUGUAUUUUGUGUCUUUGAUACUGUAUUUAAACUGUAGUUUGGAGAAACUGUACAAAAACAUCCCAGAUAGUAAUGCAACGUGCACAUUGUAUAGGGAGAAAUGACGUUUGUGGUGUUGUGGAGUGUUUUAACUGGAUCAUAUUCCACAGUUGGCUGUUAAAAACUGACAAGACCACUCUGUAUUUUAGACUUCAUGGUUGUUUUGAAUCUUUGCAAGUGUUCUGGCUUUGCAGUCCUGUUAUUAAAAAGAGUCGUUUUUGUAAAAGUAUAAAAUGUAAAUAAAU